AUGCUGGCCAAUCAGAACGCUUUUCCUUAAGACUGUAGUUUCCUGUGCCUUGUUCUUUGCCUGUGUUUUCCCGUGGAGCACACAAGAAUGUGUUUUCACCUGAAAGUUGGCCUCGGCGCUUUUUUAUAUUUAUUUUGAGUUAUUUAAGGAGACUGGGCUGAUUUACAGUAACAAUCCGGAACGUUUAAAAGUUGGAAUGUAGCUCGCCGAACUUGUAGGAAACAUCACGCACGACCUACCAAGAUGCCAGAAAAUCGGUGAACAGAUGCUGACAGCCGACAUCAUGAAACGCAUGUCACUACUUUUGUGCGGGUUUGUCCUUUUCCUGCUCUUCAGCUGCACAGUUGGUUCCUGUGAUAGCUGUGCAAAAAUACUUCCAGACUCUACAGGACAUAUUGUAGUGGAACUUGAGAAGCCAUUCACAGCUGUCUGUAAUCUCUGUAAUGAAUCAGUAUACACCGCUGAUGAUGUUACAUGGUUUUUUGGAACUGUUGCUCUUCCAAGGGAGUCUUACACAAAGCUGAACAAGUCGGCCGUUUCGGUUACUGUGAACGUCAGCAGUGAUAUGAACAACCCACUGGUGUGUAAGGCUUCCAAACAGGACAUUUCAUACGAAGAGAAAUGCAUAUAUGGCAUCUACCUUGAUAAAGGAUAUCCUCCAUUAAAGCCCGAGCAGCUGAAUUGUAUUGCUCUUCAACAUGGCCCACGCAUUUCUCCUGAACUGACAUGUUCAUGGAAACCAGGGACUAGAGACCCAAUUAUUAGCACCAGUUAUACACUAUAUGCAUGGUUUGGUUCCACCAUGCUAAAUGUUACAAGUCACAAGAAUGCAACACAGACACUCACUAUCAAUGUUGGAACCUUCCCCAAUCACUUGCAAUUAACUGUCUGGGUAGAAGCACACAACCAACUGGGGACUGUCAAAUCAGACGAACUGUCAAAUGAUGCCGAAUAUUUUGUUCAAACAAAUCCACCUGGAAAUAUAAGGGUUAUUCCAGAGGAUGGUUUUCCCACAUCGUUAAUGGUGAAUUGGACACAUCCGAUUCAUGACACAGUCUUAAAGCUGAGUUAUCACAUCAGAUACUGCAAAGCAGGUUGCAGCGUUUGGGAAGAGCUACCCCAGAAUUUAACCAAAGCGUACAUCCAGUCCUUCAGACUGCAAUAUCUUCAGCCUUACACGGAGUAUGUGGUGCAGAUGCGCUGCAUUCGUCAAAAAGGUUUAAGCCACUGGAGUAACUGGAGCCAAAACGCGACAGCUCGUACACCAGAAGACAUUCCUUCAAACAGAGUGGAUCUCUGGAGAGUCUAUGAAGAGGCCUCGAAUAACAGUGUCGUUAAGCUGAUUUGGAAGGAUCCGGAGAAGCCCAACGGCAAAAUACUGGGGUAUAAUAUUACGAUUAAAAACAAUGGACAUUCUGAGACCCAUGAGAUCAGUUCUAAGGAGCUUAGGUUCUCUCUGAAGGGAGACAAAGCUCUAAUCAAAAUCACCGCAAAUAAUUCCAUCGGAGUUUCACCUCCGGCUACUUUGAUGAUCCAGAGACCUGGAAUAAGUCUGUAUCCCGGGGUGGAACAGGUGAAUUGUUCAGCACGUGAUGGCAAGCUGUUGGUGAAUUGGCAUCCGCCCUCCUAUAAUCGCAAUGAGUAUGUGAUAGAAUGGGUUUUGGUGCCUGAUAAAAAGAUCGGCUGGCAAAGAGUGUUAGGCAGGGUCAACAACAUGUACAUUGAAGGUUUGAAGCCAUUUAAACGUUACAACAUCUCAGUCUACCCGCUUUAUCGAGUUCAAGGCUCCUCCAAUUUAGGAAGACAAGUCACUGUACAAGCCUAUCUCCAGCAAGGACCUCCUCUGCGCGGUCCCAUAGUUAAUGUGACUGCGACAGGGAAAACCACCGCUCAGCUGACAUGGAACGAGAUUCCUAUUGAUGAUCAGCAAGGUCUUCUCACCAACUACACCAUUAGCUACAAAACAAAAAACACAGAGCAAUUCAUUGUGGUUCCAUCCAACACCUACUCCUACAAACUGAAUGGACUGGAUAGUGAUAGUCACUAUGUUGUAAGCAUCAAGGUGUCUAACGAAGAGGGCUCAAAGAAAGGACCUGAUUCCAGUUUCCACACAAAGAAAUAUGAGGACGGUGAAAUCGAUGUGAUCGUUGUGGUGGUGUGCCUGGGCUUCCUGUUUUUUGUAGUUUUGAUAAUGGUCCUCAUCAUAACGAAGAAAGAACAGUUAAAGAGACGUUUCUGGCCGCAAGUUCCAGACCCAUCCAACAGCACUAUUGCUAGCUGGUCACCUGACUGUCCCAACAAGCCAGACACCCCGAAAGAAAGCAUCCUGGCAGAGGUGAGCGUGGUGGAGGUGGAUAUGGAUGAGAGUAAGUCCCUGUGCGAUGAGGAUAAGUCAGUGAUGCCACUCAAGAAGUACUUUUCGGAGGAGCGCAGCAGCGGCAUUGGCGGCUCGUCCGGCAUGUCCACUCCACGCCAAAGCGUGUCCUCCAAUGACGAGGCCGACUCGGGCCAGACCACGGCCAGCACCGUGCAGUAUUCCGCUGUGGUGAGCAGCGGAUAUAAAGGUCAGACACCCAGCACGCAGGCGGGCAUGUUCUCCCGUUCAGAAUCGACCCAGCCUCUACUGGAAUGCGAGGAAAACUCGGAGCACCUGUCCGAUGGCAGCGGCCACCACACACACUCCUACUUCAAACGACACGGAGGUCUCGAGCAGCUGAACAUGGACGAGGUAGAGGAGCCAAGCUUCGGAUCUCUGAGUUUUAGUCCGAUGGAGGAGGAGGACUCGCCCACUCUGACCGAGGAUCCUCCGGGUCCUGCCCCUGGUUACAUGCCGCAGCAGAGUGGCUACCGGCCACAGUGAGAGGACAGAAACCCGGUUGGUAAUCGCGCAAUCCCGUGCCUUCUUCUGGUGACCUGAUUUUCAUUGUCAUGUUCGAAAGCCCGUUUAAGUUUCACACUAACCGCUGCUAAAUCUAAGAAACCGACUGGCUGCGUUGAUUCAGUUUUCAGAUCGUAGAAGUGGAGGCGUGGUCCCGCACCAGAUUGUGAUUUGAGAACGGAGGUGGGGGAAUCUAGUGUUCAUUCACACACCUGUACGUUAUUCUUGUUUUCCUGGAUUUCGGUUCUACUGUGAAGAAUUCAGAGGCUCGCAGAUGAAGGAUCAGUACGCAAGCGACAGGUCUCAACAAAAGUCGGCUUUAUUUUUGCCAUGUUCUUUUAUAUGCUUUCGUUUUUUAUUCUAAAGCACGCGCACACACACGCGUCUCUGCAAGUUCAAUCCUCAGCCGUCACCUCGCCUCUUUUAAAUCCUUUUCUCCACCCAAACGUUCACACUCUACUGUACAGGUGUGUGAUCAUUACCACUAGAUGCCCCCUGGUUCUGCUCUCUGGUCACAAACCGAUCCCACCUCCACUUCCACAAUGAUGUCACUUCUAUAUAGGCAUACAUACUGGCAAUGGCAGUUUCAUUUUGUAUAUUGACACUUUUUUAUUUUAGUAUUUGGAAAAAGUUACUUUUGUAAGGUUACACAUGCUUUAGGUUUAAAGCGUAUACAGAAUCCUCCAGAAUUAUUGGCUCUCAUGAAAAUGUGCCAGAAAUAAUCUCUGAUAUCCCGUAAAAGUUAAAUCUGAUUUCAAAUGUACAGGAACAUAGUAAUGUUUAUUUUAUAACUUCAUUUUAUCGCCUUGGGAAAAAAUAACCAAAACCAUUUGUGUUGAUUGGAAAGUAUGUUUGGCUCAGCAUUUGUCAAAAUUCUAUCUGUAACCAUGUUAUCUCCUUUUUUUUUUUUUUUUUUUUUGGCCAGAAAUGUGCUCCAUGAUAUUUUUAAUUAUCUACAUUUUUUUAAGGUCCUUUGGGAUUUUUAUUUUUUUCCAUGGUAAUGAUUCAAGAAGAUUUCACAAGGUCUCCAACCUCAGAAUGUAGAACCCAGACAAACAGAAUCAACAGAUCCUGUGGAUCCUUAGAACAGAUUUCCAAAAAUGACUUGGCAUAUAAUGGGAAUCUUAUUUCCCAGAUAAUAUUUGUAAACUGCAAUGAGAGGAAAAUAUAUAUAUAAUUUUAAUGAUGAUUUUUUUAAAUGUAUAUUAAAACCAAAUACAAAUCGAUCCCUGUUUUUGUUUUUUUAUAUUUAAACCCCAAUUCCAAAAAAAAGGUGGGACCCCCGUAUAAAAUGUUAAUAUAGAAAUUUUAUUUUCAAUACAAAACAUAUAAAAUAUAAAAAAACUAAGGAAAAUAUUGUUUAAAUAGUAAUUCGAAUUGAAUUGCUUUAACACGUCUUAGCCCUUGUUUACCACUGUGUAGCAUCCCCUCUUCUUUUAACAACAGUCUGUAUACAUGUGGGCAUUGAGGAGACCAGUUGCUGGAGUUUUGGGAGAGGAAUGUUUGUCCCAUUUGUGUCUGAUACAGGAAUUUAUCUUCUCAACAGUCCUGGGUAUUCUUUGUCAUAUUUUUUACCAUCAUUCUUUGCACUUUUUUUUUUAUGAAGGGUGCCAAUAUUUCUGGAGGGCAUUGUUUAUGAACAUAGCUGAGCCAAUAAAAUGUUCAAUCCCCAUGCAAAAUGUACCCUAAAACGUUGAGAGUUUUCUGUACAGCACAUUGUUCAUGCAGUUACUGAUCUCAUUUAUUUGGUCAUGAAAAAGUCUUGGAAUUUCCUUUGGCUUGAUUUUUGUUAGUUUGUGCAGACAAAAUCUGCUUUUAAAUAAGUUUUCUGCAGUUUCUUUAUUGCAUUAGCUUCUGUUAAAUGUCAGUAUUAUGUUUCAACCAUGAACUGGUUGUUUUUAAACACUUCACAUAAUUUCAUAUACAUUUUUUUAGAAUCACUUUUCAGUAUUGCCUUCGAUUUUCAGUAGUGCUGACAUCAGGGUGCGUUCAAGGCAACUGAAAAGAAUCAAAUACUCGUAUAUUGCACUUUUUGUCACCUGCUAUGGAGCUUCAGCCAAUCCUUCAGGAUGUCCAUGUUCGACAUGAAUAAACAAUUGUGUGUAUGUAUACAGAGAAAACGUAACACUACAGGCUACAGGGCCGGAGUCCUGUUUAAUGCAUGCUUUUUCAAGUAUUCAUUUCCAGUAUCUUGUGGAAAAUCUUCAAUAAAAUUACUCUUUGUAGUAACCAUAUGAUAAAUAAAGAAUCAUUUAUCAAAAUCAA